AUGACGACAAGCUACCCAUUCUUCCCGUUCAGGCGUCCGAGUAGGAUGAACGAAUAUGGUGUUAAGAGGAUACCGGACUAUACGGAGUUGGCGUACAAGGAGGCAGUGUCGAAACUGAGGUACUUCUUGUCCGGGAACAGCGCGCCUAGUAUUCGCAGUUACGGUGGCUCGUCCGUCAAGAAUUCGGAGGAGCACGAUGGACAGCUGAACAAGAAGUACACUUCGCCCUAUAUAGCAUUCAACCCCACCACAACUCGCCCGCGUCUAACUGCCAAGUACACAACUUUAUACGCAGACAGCUUGGGGAACUAUGCACCGCCGAAAGUCAGCAAUGCGUCUCAACCGGCGGUGGCACCAGCGGCCGACCUGUCCGGCGGCACCAACCCGGACGUCAUCAACUUCAUCCAGAAGCAGGAAGAGUACAUAGAGCAGCUGGAACGGGAGAGCCAGUACUGCAGGCAGGACGAGCUCAACAACCUCUUGGGCAAAGUGAAGGAGGUGAUAUCUGAGAACGAGAACCUCCACGAGGCGCAGAAGAACAAGAUCAUAUCGCGAAUGUUCAGCUACGGGGCGGGCUCAGAGACGGACGAGCUGGACGACGUUGGCGACAGCACCGGCCUCGAUAGCGACAAGGGCACUCCUGCACGGACCCGACGACCCAGGUCCCGCACGACGAAGCUCGAAGGCCCCAACAUUGUCUUUGAGUCCAGGAUUGCCGAGUUGGAAGCUCAGCUGACCCAAGCAAAGAUAGACCUGAAGAAGGUCCAGGAUGAGAACAACGAGAAUAAACGUAAGCUCGCUUCCGGCCUCGUCGACUCGACUUGCCUCGACGGCUUUAAGAGGCAGAUUGAGAAUUUGCAGAGAGACAAGUCCUCGUUGGAAGCGCAUAUUUCCAAGUUGAAAAUGAACCUGGAACAGAAGGAUGGUGAAGAAGGUCGCUACAAGCGCGGAUCUGACGCGGUGGAAAUUCAGCUUAGAGAGGAGAGGAACAACUUGGAGUCGGAGAUUAGGCGGCUGAAGGAGGACUUGGCCAAAGAGCGGAGCAAAGUCCGCGAGCUGGCCGGGGAAGGGGCGAGGCGCGCCAUGCAAGAGCGCAGCUCCGCCGAGCAGCGUUACAACGCGCACUUCGACGAGCUCCAGCACGACCUGGCAGCGCAGUACGACAACGUGGCCAAGCUGCAGCUGGACCUGGAUCGACAACGCCGCGAAGAGAGCGAUUUAAAGCGUGAACUGUCAAUGAAGAACGCUAACAUAGAAGAGCUCAAGAUGGAACUAAAGAACAAAACCGCUUCACUUCAGGCCGACUUGGCUCAAGCAUACGCCGAGAAAGCAUCGCUGGAGGAGGAACUAGCCAGCGCGAGACUAGCCAUGGAGCGUCAGCAGAGGCAGGCCAAACAUGACACCAAUCGCCUCAACUCUGAGAUCCAAUCACUUCGUCAACGCUUGGAUCGGGCUGAUGCGGACUUGGUUCACUCGCGUCGUGAAAAUCUUCGUCUCUCUGAACAGAUAUCAUCGCUCGAAAAGGAGUUGAAUAUGAAGAGUUUGACGCCAAUAUCCCCAGAGAAGAACAAGAAAGACAAAGAGCUGUCAACGAUGCUUGAAACUAUGGAAAAUAAACACGCUAAAACCGUGGCUGAGUUGGAGUCCAUGAUACAGUCACAAAACAGUCUGAUGGAGAAACUCACCGGCGAAUGUCGCCUGCUUACUGACAAGCUCGACGACGCAAACCGCAGAGCGCAGAGUCGCGGCCGUGUAGACGAACCAAUCAGAACACAACGCGACCGCUCGAGAUCCCGAGAACCAGAGAAACCACGUACCAACAGGCACCGCUCCGGAAAAGAGUCCGAUUCGUCGAAUAACCGGCCGAUCGUAGUCGGCCCGUUAACGACCAAUCAGGACCUCGCAAAUUUCCACGGGGAGAAGAUUUACAAUUUGCCGCUAAUGAUUCAACAGCCCUUUUUACGCGAGAAAAAGGAGCCAAUCAAAGUUGACAUUAGCGUCAAACUUAUACCCAAGCCCAAAAAGAAGGAUAGGAAACGGCGCGAGUCGCAAUUAGACGAAGUGGCCACGCCGAAGAAGGCGGUUAACAGUAAUAUUAGUAUGAUAGUUACAAGUAACGAUAUUCACAUAUUGAAUGAAACAGUUGAAGGGGCUAAAAAUAGUGACAUAAUACCUAAAUCACCUGCUAAUGAUGAAACUAAAGAAUCAAACAAUGAUGAAAUAGAUUAUAAUAAAGAAGUAGAAACCCCAAACAAGCAUUCAAUUGACCAAGAUAAAAACAUUAUUGAACAACCAACAGUUAUGUUAUGUGAGGAAGUUCAAAAAAAUAUUGAUGUAGAUAUGAAUGCAGUAAAAGACACUCAACAAAUUGACGAUGAAAUUGAGCCAGAAAAGGCUCAUGUAGAUGAAACGUUAGCA